UGUCACUUCGCUUCCUCAUUGGUUCUUACAGUUUAACUUAGUGUUAUCACGUCCCGUCAGUUUGCCGCUCACUCAAAUUCCCAGCCACUGUACAUUAUCCACGUAGAGCGUUGGUUAUACGUAUUGAGGAUGUCGCGGAGAAAACGUGAGAAAGAGAUGCCACACACAACAAACAAACGUCCCAAGAUGUCUGGUCCAAGAGAGCAUAUCAAAGGAUCAGAUACAGACAGUGAAAUACACCAGCUGAAAUUACCAUGCAGUGAUCCAUUUCCUCCAAGUAUCUACUACCUUGGUGACAGUUUCGAUGAUGCUCAGACAUAUUUUUCACAAGAGCAAGCAAUGCUUCCAGUGAACUUUGUCAGCGCCCUCAAGAAGGAACAUCCGCAUGUGGUGAAACGAGUGGCAGAUUUAUUGGAAUACAAUGGAAGGGGCAUUGCUUUAUUUGGUCGGUCGCUGGCAAUAACCUUAAACUUGCCUUGUCACAAACCGACUGAUGUUUUGCAGUGUGACGUAUUGAUCAUCACACAAAAGUGCCUACCUUUUGUUAUAUCUUUCUCAUCGGAAGCAGUUGAUGAUGCUAUUGACAAAUAUAACGCCGAAUUGGCCUAUCGCAUGAGGGUGAUUUUUGGAAAAUACACAGCAGAAAGGUUCACUUUUAUCUUUUUGGCCACUGAAGAGAAAAUAUAUGGGAAAAAGACCAAAUUUCACUCCACUGUCCAUAAAAGAAGGUCUACGGUAAUUGAAUCCUGCUUUCCUGAUCAAAAACACAUGACCGAUUCCAAAUUUGAAGGGCUGAAGAAUGCUUUAACAGCUACAGCUGCAAGAACAAGUAUUCCUAUGGCACCUAAAGAGGGGGGAAAGGGAUCGUUUUGGGUUUUGAUGAAAGAACAGUUUUCAAAGUUACUUAACAAUGUUGAUCUACGCCAACCAUUAGAUGUAUCUAAAACACUUCAUGGGAAAACAGUGUUCAUGUUUGAAGCUGCCCUACGACUAGAACGCAGUGGUAAGACACUGCUCAUCUGUGACAGCGUGGAGGAAAAGACCAAACAAAAUCAUGCCCCAGCUGAAGUGACCAUCGAGACAAUAAACUCCUUCCGUCAGUCUGGUCAGGACUGGUCACAGUUCAAGUACAUCGUUGUAGCUGCCACACGUCACCAGUUCAAGGACAUUCAAGACACGUUGAAGGCACUUAGGACUCCAAUAUGGAGGAUCUACGAACGUGACGAAGUUGAAAUCCCCACAGAAACUGUGAGUGUGGGGCUGAUGGGCUACCCAAAGACAGGGAAAAGACUUCUUGCGAAUGCAAUUGCAGGUAAGAAACUGUUCGAUGCUGGAUUACAGAAACCCACAGCGGUAUGUCAGGAGAAACGCGCAAGAAUUGGUACCAGAGCAAUUCAAAUAUUGGACACACCUGGAUUUUCGUUCAAACAGAACAUUCAGAGAACAGUCGAUGUGGUGGUGACAAAGGCAAGUUCCAUUGAUGCCUUCUUGCUUGUCGUGAAGGCAUCUCCAAUGACAUAUAAGGAUGAACUGCUCCUCAAACAUGUCAGAUCUAUUCCGGGGAAGUCCAUGUCACAUAAAAUAGUGCUCGUGCUUACAACAUUAGAUGAUAACCUCAUUUUGAAGGAAUACCUAGAGAACAUUCCUAAUUUCCUGAAAGACUUCCUCCAGUUCUGCAACAACCCACCUGUGCUUUUCAAUGUCAACAUUGGGACACAGUCCGAGAAGGCAAAUGAUCAAAGACGAGAAUUGUUUAGGAUUAUAGGAGAAACAUACAUGGGAAACCUGUGCAAGAGAAUAAACUAAAUGUGAACACGAUUCGACAGAAAGUAACUGAAGCAAUCUGUGAACUGUCACUCUUUACACACAUAUCAUACAUACCCAUUGUUGUGUAUGAAUGAAUAUUGUAUUUGUUUGUUUAGUGAUACCGACACAUAAUGUUGAGGUGGCGACCCAGAUACAGUGUGACCUACCUUAUCAAUGCGUACGUGUCCGUCCGUUAACCGUUUCAGGAGCAGGACUCUAAAUCCAUUAAAAUUAUUGUUGACACUUUCUAUACACACCGGUCUAGUGGUGAACGUAUACUUUUAUACUUAUCUGAUAUGUUUGUUUAUUGCACAGACUAGUGUUAAUUUUUUUAUUUUGUUUUGGGCACAUUACUGCGAAAGGCUCUACAAUGCAUUAAGCAUGAUUUUAUGAACGCAUCACGAGACGACUUGCCUACUCACAAGGUCAAUAUUGUUAUUCUCACUUUUAUUACAAUCGUGUGGGUUUAAACGAAAUAAAUCAGUUAUGUCUUAUGAUUGAAAUGUUAGCUAUUUUCUAACAGUUUGUGUCUAUUGAACACAUUUGACAUGACAUCUGUACCAAGUGUACCAUGUUGCUUUAGUUGAUCCGUUUUUCAGUUUUGUUCACAUGUACCGCCUGUUUGUACCCCUGAAGAUCCGGGGUAGAAUAGGUCUUCAGCAACCCAUGCUUGCUGUAAAAGGUGACUAUGCUUCUCGUUAGAGGUGACUAAGG